CGCGUCUGCCGGCGGUUCUAACUCUGUGCAACUGAAAUACGUUCUCUUUCGCCUUGCGCGACGCCAUUACUGUGUGUAUAAACCGACGGACAAAAUGGCGAAAUUGCCUUAAAAAAAAUUUAUUCUGGCAACUCAUCUUCUUGGCUCGUGUGCAAAUUAUCGAAAUGUUCUGCUAGGCGAAGAUUUUGGCGGUUGGGCCGAAGAGCUUUGCGCCGCCUCGAAGGUGUUUUUUGCGGGGCGGCGAAACACAAGUGCGCCCUUUCUUCUGUUUUCAUGAGAACGGCGGGGCCCCAAAUGAAUGAAGUUAAUCUCGUGUGAUGCCGAUACGCCGAGUACCAGCGACUCCGACCCCGGAGAAGGCCCCCUCCGCUGCAGCAGAGAAAGAGCCAGAGGAGGCGUCCUCAGAGGAGUCGCCCGCCGCCGAGGAGGAGCCGGCCGCACCCUCAGCGGUGCCGGCCGGCGGCGAGGACGGCGACGCCGCCUCCGAGACGGAGCCCACGGAGAACGGGGAGAAGGCCGAGGACCCCGCGGAGGAGAAAGUAGAAGAAGGGACGGGAAAUAAAGAGGACAAAUGCAAGGACUGCGCGUCUGGCCAGUGCGCAACGCACUGCUAUGUUCUCCUACCAAGGAUGAAGGACGGCUACAAGUACGUGAAAGCCAAAUCCAAGAAGGUGAAGCGGGCGAUUCCCGCGUGGGCGAGCGUCGCCGCCGGCAAAAAGCUCCCCGUCGCCAACUUUGCGGGCACUCAGCACAAAGUGGAUAACAUUCUCAUCGAAGCUAUUGCGUCUUCUAAUGACAAGUCUGGAGUUUCAUUCCAGUCCUUCAUGAAAUAUAUUCUGAAGAAAUACCCCGAGAUGGAGCUCGGCAAGAAGAAGUUUCUCCUCAAGAAGGCGAUGAAGAAACAUUUGGAGAAGGGAACCAUCAAACAGCUGAAGGGCAAAGGCCUUUCAGGAAGCUUCGCCAUCGGGAAGCAGUCCGUCUCUAAGAAAGCAGCGGUGAAGGCUGAGGCUCUGGGAGACGCUCUUCCCCUCAUCAUCACUCGGCUCUGUGAGCCCAAAGAGGCCUCUUACUACCUGAUCAGGAAAUACCUGGAGCAGCACUUCCCCGGCUUGAACAUCCAAAACAGGCCAGAGCUCCUGAAGUCCGCCCUGGUGAAGGCGGUCGAGAAAGGACACCUGGAGCAGAUCACUGGGAAAGGAGCCAACGGCACCUUCCAGCUGAAGCGCACCGGUAACCACGUCCUGCUGAAGGGCAGCAACUUGGAGGACGCCAUCACGACCGCCAUCACCGCCAUGAACGAACCGAAAACCUGCAGCACAACCAUUCUGCGCCGAUACCUGGUGGACACCAACAAGGACAGGAAGGAGUACCAACUAAUGGCCAGCCUGAGGAGGACCCUGAUGAAGUGUAAAGUACUCGGCUGGAUGGAGCAGAUCAGCGGCCACGGCUUCACCGGGACCUACCAGCUCUCGUUCCCCUUCUACCCGAGCCCGACCAUCCUGUACCCAGAAAAGUUCAACGACCUUACAAAGAUAACCCCGCCGUCCAGGCAGAGGCGGAAGGCUGACUCUUCUGACGAGGAGGAGGAGGAGGAGGCGGAAGAAGAGAAGGAGGACGAAGACGACGACGAAGAGGAGGAGGAAGAAGCUCCCCCUCGGAGAAGAUCCCAAAAGAGGCCUCCGCCCAAGGUCCGCCGCCCCCCGCCCGCCAAGAAGUCUCGGAGCUCGAGUCAGUCGAAGGCUAAAGGCCGAGGCCGAUCCCUCGCCAAGAAGUCUCCGGCCAAGAAGGCGGCGUCUCCGGCCAAGAAGGCGGCGUCUCCGGCCAAGAAGGCGGCGUCUCCGGCCAAGAAGGCGGCGUCUCCGGCCAAGCGAGGGGGCAGGAAAUCCUCGACCUCCAAGAAGGAAUCCCCGCCGCCUCCGAAAGCCACGCCCGUAAAGCGGGGCGCUCCCGCCAAGAAGCCCAAAACGCCUGCGGUUAAAAAGCUGGCCAAAAGGGGGGCCAAGCGACCGGUGUACAGAGAUUCGUCCCCUGAGGAGGCGGAGGAGGAGGUAGAAGAAGAAGAAGAAGAGGAGGAGGAAGUCGUGGUCCCCAAGGAGACGACGAGGAGCGGCUCCAAGCGGUCCAAGCCCGAGGACUCGCCCGCCAAGGAGCCCGUGGCUAAAAGGGCGGCGGCGACCAGAGGGGGCUCCAAGAGCCCGGCGGCCGAAGUGAAAUCCCCCAAGAAACCUGUGGUGAAAAAGGGCGCCGCCGCGAAGAGCGCCAAGAAGACCACCCGCCGGUCCAAGAGGGGGAAGUACUGAGAGCCCCCACACACUGGGCCGCAGCGGCGUUUCAAUGCUCUCUCGCUCGCUCUCUCUAUCAUGUUCUCCCUUUUUAACAGGGCAGGUUUAUUUUUUUUAUUUCUAGUGUAGAUUAAGAAUGUUAUCCUUCCAAGUUUUACUGUACACUGAAAGUUUUUGGAGUUCCUUUUUAAAUCGCCAUGUGUAGAAAAGCUCAGUUAGAUCCGAAGAACUGCAACGAGAGCCUCGUCGUGACUUGGUUUUUAUAUCCGUUCCUCAACCCGCUCGUUAGUCGUCUGCAGCACGCGUUCCUCGUGUCACAUGAAGUGAGAUGUCUGUGUUUUGAAGGGUUGACAAACCGAUUUAAUUUGAAAGAUAAUGGGUGGAGACGUUCCGAAUAUUUUUAUUUUUUAAAUAGAAGACAGAUUUUAAGGUUCUCUUGUAUCGUGGGAUAAAACAAUAUUUUCUUGGACCGUGCAGUGCUGCACAAGAAUUUGAAUUUGUAUCCAUCCGUUAAAUUAUAUUCUGAUUCGUCACAAUGAUUUGAUAUUUUAUUUAAAACCAAAACAAAAUCCCGAGAAGAGAUUUGGCCUCCAGGUGAUGGGGAUUGUCGGACUGAACCGAGAAGGAGAAAAAAAACACUUGUUGGUAUUAAUUUCAAACACUUUAGGGAAUAAAAAUGUGUCUUUUGAUACGUGUCUGUAACAAGCUUAAACAUAAAUUGAUUUUAUUGCUUUACAGCUGUGAUUCAGUACCAAACUAAGAUGUGUUUUGUUAAUAAUAAAAAGGAUAAUGGCUCAUACCCUG